AAUUUAGGAUUUUUUUUUUAAUAUACUUUAAUUGUUGCAUAUAUAUUUAUACACAUUGAGAGAAAAAAACAGUCAGUCCCAUUACUCCCUUUUUCUUUUAUAAAUAGAAGGCUUGAUAGAAUUUUGUUUUAAAAAUUGAUUUAAAACGCAAAAUAUAAACGAUGGGGAAAGAUUAUUACAAAAUCUUAGGUAUAAGUAAAAAUGCAACGGAAGAUGACAUCAGGAAAGCCUAUCGGAAAAUGGCUCUGAAAUACCAUCCGGACAAAAACAAAUCUCCUGGAGCCGAAGAAAAGUUCAAAGAGGUAGCCGAAGCAUAUGAAAUCCUGUCCGACAAAGAAAAAAGGAAAGUAUUCGAUUCUUAUGGAGAAGAAGGACUUAGGGGCAAUGUUCCCGGUGGUAUGGGUGGGGAACAAGGUGCAAACUUCUCUUACUCAUUCCACUGUGACCCGCACGAAACGUUCAGGAUGUUUUUCGGGGAUGAAGGCCCGUUCAAUUCGUUCAUGUUUAGUUCAUUCCCAGGUGAUCAAAGAUCGCAGCACCAAUCUGGCGGCUUUGUUGGCGAUGAUAUGGAUGUGGAUGAGCCAUUCUCGCACUUCGGUAGACAUGGUUUUAAUAUGGGUGGACCGUCGUUCCGGCGACAGAAGGAACAAGACAAACCGAUUGUCAAGGAUCUACCUGUCAGUCUUGAGGAUAUCUGCACGGGUUGCACGAAGAAAAUGAAAAUCACACGAACGAUAAUGGUCCAGUCGAAUAAACAAGUCAGAGAAGAGAAAAUCUUAACAGUAGAUAUCAAACCCGGUUGGAAAGCCGGUACGAAGAUCACUUUUCCAAAAGAAGGAGAUCAGACCCCUUAUAAUAUACCAGCAGAUGUUGUGUUUGUCAUCAGGGACAAACGGCAUCCUGUCUUCACGCGUGAUGGAAAUGAUAUACGAUAUAAAGCAAAAAUAUCAUUGAGAGAGGCUCUUUGUGGUACCACUAUUCAAAUUCCAACCAUCAGUAAUCGAACAAUCCCUUUCCGUCUCACAGAAAUCAUCAAACCUUCAACAACGAAACGAAUACAGGGUGAAGGACUACCUUUAGCUAAACAACCAAUGCGCAGAGGGGACUUAAUUGUUGAAUUUGAUGUCAAAUUCCCUGAUAGCCUAAGUGCUUAUGCUAAACAAACUUUGAUGGAAUGUUUACCACCUUGAAGGUUUGUUGUAAAAAUGGCUUUGGGAUGGGAUGUAGGGCUUGACAGCCAGUCUUAUGGCUGUAAAAACAGUCCUUUGCUAUGUGAUCUUUCUGAAAUAGAGGACAGAAAAACCAAUAAUCGAAACAUUUGUUGCCUUCCAGUUUAUAUGGCAGUUGUUGUCCACUGAUAUCAACCAAUCAUCAGAUACAAGUAAUUUCUGCCGACUGCAAUAUUACUGGAAGACAACUUACUGUUGAUGCUAUGCAUCCUAAAGAAACUUGUAAAUACAUUGGGGAAACUGUAAAUAAAUUUGAUUAUUUGAUUUAACUCUU